AUGAUAAUUACUAUCUAUCCAUCUAUCUACUUGAGUCUCUUCAUCUAUCUAUCAUCUAUCUAUCUAUCUAUCUAUCUAUCUGAUCUUCAUCUAUCAUCUAUCUAUCUAUUAUUUUCAUUAUCAAUCUAUCUGUGUCAUAUCCAUCUAUCUGAGUCUCUUCAUCUCAUUAUUAUCUAUCUAUCUAUUAUCAAUCUUCUCUUCAUCUAUCUAUCUAUCUAUCUAUCUAUCUAUCUAUCUAUCUAUCUAUCUAUCUAUCUAUCUGAGUCUCUUCAUCUAUCUAUCUAUCUAUCUAUCUAUUAUUUUCAUUAUCAAUCUAUCUUCUCUUCAUCUCAUCUAUCUAUCUAUCUAUCUAUCUAUCUAUCUAUCUAUCUAUCUAUACUACGCUAUUAUUUUCAUUAUCAAUCUUCUCUCUUCUAUCUAUCUAUCAUCUAUCUAUCUAUCUAUCUAUCUGAGUCUCUUCAUCUAUCUAUCUAUCUAUCUAUUAUUUUCAUUAUCAAUCUAUCUUCUCUUCAUCCAUCUAUCUAUCUAUCUAUCUAUCUAUCUAUCUAUCUAUCUGAGUCUUCAUCAUCUAUCUAUCUAUCUAUCUAUCUAUCUAUUUUCAUUAUCUAUCUAUCUAUCCAUCUAUCUGAGUCUCUUCAUCUCAUCUAUCAUCUAUCUAUCUAUCUAUCUAUCUAUACUACGCCAUUAUUUCAUUAUCAAUCUUCUCUUCAUCUAUCUAUCAUCUAUCUAUCUAUCUAUCUGAGUCUCUUCAUCUAUCUAUCUAUCUAUUAUUUUCAUUAUCAAUCUAUCUAUAAUGAUAAUUACUAUCUAUCCAUCUAUCUGAACAUUAUGAUAAUUACUAUCUAUCUAUCUAUCUACUUGAGUCUCUUCAUCUAUCUAUCUAUCUAUCUAUCUAUCCAUCUAUCUAUCUAUUAUUUCAUUAUCAAUCCAUCUGUUCUCUUCAUCCAUCUAUCUAUCUAUCUAUCUAUCUAUCUAUCUAUCUAUCUCCAUCUAUCUCUCUUCCAUCUCAUCUAUCUAUCUAUCUAUCUAUUAUUUUCAUUAUCAAUCUAUCUGUGUCAUAAUGAUAAUUACUAUCUAUCCAUCUAUCUGAGUCUCUUCAUCUCAUCUAUCUAUCUAUCUAUCUAUCUAUCUAUCUAUCUAUUUAUCUAUCUAUCUAUACUACGCUAUUAUUUUCAUUAUCAAUCUUCUCUUCAUCUAUCUAUCUAUCUAUCUAUCUAUCUAUCUAUCUAUCUAUCUGAGUCUCUUCAUCUAUCUAUCUAUCUAUCUAUCUAUCUAUUAUUUUCAUUAUCAAUCUAUCUGUGUCAUAAUGAUAAUUACUAUCUAUCCAUCUAUCUGAGUCUCUUCAUCUCAUCUAUCUAUCUAUCUAUCUAUCUAUCUAUCUAUCUAUCUAUACUACGCUAUUAUUUUCAUUAUAAUCUUCUCUUCAUCUAUCAUCUAUCUAUCUAUCUAUCUCUAUCUAUCUAUCUAUCUAUCUAUCUAUCUAUCCAUCUAUCUAUCUAUCUAUUAUUUUCAUUAUUUUCUGUGUCAUUAUCAAUCCAUCUAUCUGAGUCUCUUCAUCUCAUCUAUCUAUCAUCUAUCUAUCUAUACUAUCUAUUAUUUUCAUUAUCAAUCUGUGACAUUAUGAUUUACAUCUAUCUAUCUAUCUACUUGAGUCUUCAUCUAUCUAUCUAUCUAUCUAUCUAUCUAUCUAUCUAUCUAUCUCUUCAUCUAUCUAUCUAUCUAUCUAUCUAUCUAUCAUCUAUUAUUUUCAUUAUCAAUCUAUCUUCUCUUCAUCUCAUCUAUCUAUCUAUCUAUCUAUCUAUCUAUCUAUCUAUCUAUACUACGCUAUUAUUUUCAUUAUCAAUCUGUGACAUUAUGAUAAUUACUAUCUAUCUAUCUAUCUACUUGAGUCUCUUCAUCUAUCUAUCUAUCUAUCUAUCUAUCUAUCUAUCUAUCUAUCUAUCUGAGUCUCUUCAUCUAUCUAUCUAUCUAUUUUCUAUCUAUCUGUGUCAUAAUGAUAAUUACUAUCUAUCCAUCUAUCUGAGUCUAUCUAUCUAUCUAUCUUCAUUCUAUCUAUCUAUCUAUCUAUCUAUCUAUCUAUCUGAUUAUCUAUCUAUCUAUCUAUCCAUUUUCUAUCUCUGUGACAUUAUGAUCUACUAUCUCUAUCUCAUCUAUCUCUAUCUAUCUAUCUAUCUAUCUAUCUAUCUAUCUAUCUAUCUAUCUGAGUCUCUUCAUUAUUCUAUCAUCUAUCUAUUAUUUUCAUUAUCAAUGUAUCUGUGA